AAUAUGGCGAAUUUCUUUUGUUUUCUCUAAAAACUGCUCCCACAAUACAUUGARAAUCAAGAAGUGACGUAAAAGGCUCAAAAGUAUAUUCUUGGUUUUCAGGUUACGUCUUGGAGGAACUUUAACAAAGGAUUUCUCAUUAGUGUCUAUUGUUUAUUCCUCCAACAUGGCCGUCAGUCUUUUAUCUUUUGAAUCUAAUGGGAAUGGGUGAAAACYAUCAAUUAGAACGUCACGCGCGCUUGUUAUAAAAUAAAACUACGUCAUAAUGSUAAUCACUUUGCUAAUUACAGUCUAAYGACACAGAUUAGCAAUCCCCGGAAAAACGUACUAAAACUCUUAGAACGAUUUUUUCAAGCAAAUUUGCGCAAAAAUGUCACACCUACAAAAUCAGAAAUCAARCGAUGACGGWCCAUCAAACGCAAGGAGACGAAAAACUUCCCGUAGCGGUGGAUCCUCCGGCGAGGAUGCAGACACCUUCRAACCGUCUCGCUUUACUUCUGGCGGAAGUAAAAAAACUAUCGCUGCCAAGAAACCCAAGCCACGACAAAGUUCGGAUAAAAAUGGACACUCCAGCUCGUCCAGCGAAACAUCGGGUGACAGCGACGUCGAACAGGAUGCAAGACGCAGGUCAAAAAUACCUGUUCGUAAGAAAAAUCCACGCGGCAGUAAUGGCAACACAGAUGACGGCUCAAGCUCGUCAAAGUCUUCUGUCGCAAGCGACUCGUCAAGCGACUCGUCAAGCGACGGCGAAGGAAAAAAGCGAAAAUCAAAAAUUCCCGUCCUCAAAAAGGCAAAGCCCCUUGGCGAGCAAAAUUCGUCUAGUGAUGACGAACCACAUGCUUCUGUUGGCAAGAUGUCUGACGACAAUGACGGAAAGAUACCCGAAACUUCAGUCAACAAGCCACAAGCCAACAGCAAAGCAGACAACUCGGACAGCRAGUGUUCRAUAAAUUGCGGAGUUAACCUCACAAAUSACAGCAAAACGGGUCACUUCGAAUAUGAAUCGAGUUUCGARGAAGAUUCUUGGGACGAAUCGGAUUCCACUYCAGAAACUCCAGAUAACAAAYCUCAGAGUUCAUCAGUAUCAGCGAAUGAACAGAAYGCAGGAUUUGGCGCAGGUCACGCACCGUAAGUAUAUAUAUUUUGUUAGGUCAUUAUUUGAUAUAGAAAAKAWAAGUUUGGUASGAURUGGAUGAGAAAUAAUWAUAAUAAUAAYAACAACAACAACMAAAAGCAGAAGAUGAAGAACAAGACGACGACGAAGAAAAACAAGAAAAAGAAGAAAAAUUACUAAUUAGAAGAAUACAAAAUGUAUAUUUCUCCCUCCCCUAGAUACCCAAAAACUCUAAACAAUUACCAUACCAGAUCCCAUGAUAUCCCAAAAUGCAAUAAAACAUAUUUAAAUUGUGUGCAGUAUUCUUUAUUAAAUGUUUCUUAGCGAGGAAAAAGAAUAAUGAAUAUAGGAUUAAGGUAUAGGAACAAGAUAAGACAAAA